GACUUCCUCCCCUCGACCUCUGACGGGUAGUAGACUCAUCUGCAUAAAGGAUUGACAGGCAUUCUUGAGCUUUGAGACCCAGCGGGUUUUUUCAAGAGUUUUAUCCCAACAAUUGUCUACUGCCUGAAGUAGGUGAAAUGAACUUUAGGAUUAGGCGAUGGCUACGAUUUUGUGGUGAAAAAAAAAGUUCCUCGGGGACCGCGUGAUUGUUGCUUUUUCGGUCAAUUGAAGACAGAAUGGGCCAGACGUCUGUCUCUACCUUGUCUCAAAAUGCGAGCGGUGUUGACGGACUGGAAAAAUGUUCUCUUGCCAGCUGUGAUGUUGUGGUGGGCAGCACCCAGACUCCUCCACUUAAGCAGAAGGGGAAGCUCUCCACUAUAGGGAAGAUCUUCAAACCCUGGAAGUGGCGCAAGAAGAAAACCAGCGACAAGUUUCAGGACCUAUCCAUAUUUCUGGAGAGGAAAAUCUCCACGAGGCAAAGUCGAGAGGAGCUGAUAAGACGAGGAGUCCUCAUUCCGGAUCAAGGACCAGAGGACCCAGUGAACCCUGAGACUCUAAAUGGCCAUGCCACGCUGAGUCUGGGGUCAGAGGAGGUCAAAGUUGACAUAGAGUCUCCUGAAACGCCUUCAGAGGAGAAGACCAAAGAGUCAGAGAAUUCUGAAGACAAAGCAGUGACAAAUGAAAACAAAGCUACUCCAAAUGGGUACCAGGCCAGAACGAACCAGACCAGAAUGCGGGAGGCCCCCCAAAAAAGCCCUACCACUGCACCUCCCAAAUCAGCUGGUGGGGUUACAGCAGGGAGCAGGGACGGGACCACGGGCGGUAAAAAGCUGGCCAAAAGCACAGGCAAGCAAGCUUCUGCUCUGUCCCACAAACAAAACCAUCGAAACAAUUACCGUGGGAGCGCCAAAUCCUCUCAUCCUAAGAAAACUGGAGGCACAUCCAAGACCACUGCCCAGUCCUCAUCCUCCUCAUCGUCCACACCGUGUACCAGAAAGAUCUCGAAGGACAGGCCUGCCAAUCCAACCGGGACAGAGAAGACCAACAAGCGCGAGCUCCAACUUGCAACUGACCCUUCCCGCUUCUCUGGAGCCCCCAAGGCCUCCCCAGACACAGACAGCCUACCAGGUGAAAGAUGGCUCACGGGUCCUGGGGAUGGGAACCAGGGGGGUAAGGAGGAUCCCUCUUCUGGCCCAGAUGGCAGGCCUGCUGCUCAGGAUGACUCCUCUCUGCCUGGGGUGGAUAAAGACAAUGCCUCAGGUGCUGGCCCUCAGGACCCUGGAGAGAAAGCGCCCCUUGUCAACAGCACCACUGAGGACACUUCCUUCACUGAGUCUCAAAACGAGAGCUCCACGGAGGAAGCCCUGGGGACUGGGAAAGAUGGAGGUGACCAUGAGCAACAGUCGGGGGACGAAGACCAUGACUUAGAGAAAAAUCUGAGGCCUACCAAUGGGAUUGGUGAGAAGCUCCACAGUGUUAACCUGGAGAGCCCAGAGGUUACAGUCAUCCCAGACAGCACUACGGAGUCUGACUACCACUCCACAGUCAGCGACUCCGACUCAGAUGGGCCCAUCCUCUACCGAGACGAAGAAGAGGACGAGGAUGACGAGGACGAGUAUACCACAAGCUCUCUAGCCAGUAAGAUCCGCCGCAGGGACACCCUGGCCAUCAGACUUGGCAACCGGCCCAGCAAGAGAGAGCUGGAGGAAAAGAACAUCCUGCCUCGUACCUCUGAGACCGAGAGGCAGGAACUCCGCCAGCAGAUUCACUCCAAGCUAGUGAGACGACUUAGUCAGAGGCCCAGUACUGAGGAACUGGAGCAGAGGAACAUUCUGAAACAGACAAAUGAUGCUGAUCAACAUGAAGCCAUACAAGAGAUUAAAAGGAGGCUCUCCCGAAAGUUGAGUGUGAGGCCGACAGUAGCAGAGCUGGUGGCUCGGCGGAUUCUGCGCUUCAAUGAGUACGUGGAGUGCACAGAUGCUAAGGACUAUGACCGUCGCGCAGACAAGCCCUGGGCCAGGCUCACGCCAGCUGACAAAGCUGCUAUCCGUAAAGAACUGAAUGAGUUCAAAAGCAAAGAGAUGGAAGUUCAUGAAGAAAGCAAGCAAUUUACCAGAUUCCAUCGGCCCUGAGGCAUUUCUCUCUCCAGUGGGGGUGCUGGUCAGCUGCCGGCACUGCCUAAAGGCUCUCUCUCCCCGCUGCGGGCUUCACCAUCGGGCUUUUCCCCGGAGCCUGGGGCCUGGAUGCCCCUAGGCACGGACACAUGGACACCGUCUCCCAGGGCCAACCUGUCUCCAGCUCUACAGAUCAAUAGAGGUUGAUUACAUUGGGCCACACCUGCUUACACAGACCAGACUGGGCUUUAGUGCUGUGUGAAAAGUGACAGAGAGAGAGGCCAGUAUCCAUGAAGGACAAAACUGUUGCACUUUGUAACACAGCACUGAUUUCAUUACCCACAUACUUUUUGGCUUCCCUAAAGCACCUUAACAGGCCCUGACCAAGUCCCCAUGGACUGGAAGGGAAAUGGUUUUGCAACUAUGACAAUGUUGUAGGUUAGGCAAGUCCAGCCAAAGGUAACAGUAAUCAAAUCAAUGUUUAUUUGUGAUAUGCACAGGAUAUAACGUAAACCGUGCAAUGCAAUGCUUACUUGCAAGCUUCCUCAACAGUUAAAUGACAAAUAUAACCAAAUCAGACACAAAGUCCUUAACUUAACGUAAUCAUGGAAGUGCAUGGAAAGGUGUUAGGAAGAAAAGGUUACGUUUACCGCCACGUGGUCUUGAUGGUGGAAAUUAAGGUGUGUGGGUCUUGUUUUAAGGGGUGAUUGUUGAUGCUGAUCUCAAAGUGGCUGGGACAACAUGAAUUUUGCCUAGAUAGUAAGGAAUAUGUAUCGUUACUGUUUUUGUCAUGUUUUCUGGAACACUUACCAUUAUUGAGCAUAUCUUUUACAGAGACAGAGCAGAGUGAACCCUAUUGAUCUAUGUAGGCUAUUCUUCCAUUCUCUCUUUCCAAAUUUAGAGCAAGUUCAGAACACAUUGGUCUGCCCUUCAGAUUGGUUGAGCUGUUAAUAAUGGAUGGUCUGUGUAGUUUGAAAGUAUAUGAUAAAUGUUAGUAUUUUACGGUCCCAGAUGAAUCCAUUGAGCUUUUUUCCUGGUCAUAAAAUGUGAAGCAUUUCUUUGAUAUUUCUGUGAUGAGGUGCACCAAUCAAUUUACAUUCAUUUCAGACUGCUAAGGGCAGCUGUAGAAUAUAGGAGGGGAACCAUAGUAUUCAUGCCAAUGUUUUUCUCAUUCUAUGGAUUUUUUGUACAUAAUGUAUAUCAGAUGCAUGAUCACAAGUUUACUGCCAAUUACUCGAUAGAUUUUUACAUGUGAUGUGAUGUACAGGAUUAGUUUGUUAUUGAUGGCGCUAUGUACUGUUCAUAUGUGAGUACUGUAUCUUUGAAUUAUGCCUGUACAUAAUAUUCAUGUAUAUACAGUACCAGUCAAAAGUUUGGACACACCUGCUCAUUAAAGGGUUUUUCUUUAUUUUGACUAUUUUCUACAUAGUAGAAUAAUAGUGAAGACAUCAAAACUAUGAAAUAACACAUAUGGUAUCAUGUAGUAACCAAAAAAGUGUUAAACAAAAUCUAAAUAUAUUUUUGAUUUUAUAUUAAUCAAAGUAGCCACCCUUUGCCUUGAUCACAGCUUUGCACAUUCUUGGCAUUCUCUCAACCAGCUUCAUGAGGAAUGCUUUUCCAACAGUCUUGAAUGAACCAAAAAUCUCACAUUUAGACUCAUCAGACCAAAGGACAUACUUCAAUCGGUCUAAUGUCCAUUGCUCAUGUUUCUUGGGCCACGCAAGUAUUUUCUUCUUAUUGGUGUCCUUUAGUACUGGUUUCUUUGCAGCAAUUCGACCAUGAAGGCCUGAUUCACGCAGUCUCUUCUGAACAGUUGAUGUUGAGAUGUCUAUUACUUGAACUCUGAAGCAUUUAUUUGGGCUGCAAUUUCUGAGGCUGGUAACUCUAAUGAACUUAUCCUUUGCAGCAGAGGUAACUGUGAGUCUUCCUUUCCUGUGGCAGUCCUCAUGAGAGCCAGUUUCAUAGCGCUUGAUGGUUUUUGCGACUGCAAUUGAAGAAACUUUCAAAGUUCUUGGACUGUCGUUUCUCUUUGCUUAUUUGAGCUGUUCUUGACAUAAUAUAGACUUGGUCUUUUACCAAAUAGGGCUAUCUUCUGUGUACCACCCAUACCUUGUCACAACACAACUGAUUGGCUCAAAUGCAUUAAGAAGGAAAAAAAUUCCACAAAUUAACUUUUAACAAGACACACCUGUUAAUUGAAAUGCAUUCCAGGUGACUACCUCAUGAAGCUGGUUGAGAGAAUGCCAAGGGUGCAAAGCUGUCAUCAAGGCAAAAGGUGGCUACUUUAAAGAAUAUAAAAUAUAUUUUGAUUUGUUUAACACUUUUUUGGUUACUACAUGAUUCCAUAUGUGUUAUUUCAUAGUUUGGAUGUCUUCAUUAUUAUUCUGCAAUGUGGAAAAUUGUCCAAAUAAAGAAAAACCCUGGAAUGAGUAGAUGUCCAAACUUUAGACUGGUACUGUACAUGUAUUGCCACUCCCAUAUCCAUCAUGCAUAUAGGAGGUCUAUAUGUGCAUUAUAUGCCUCUAAAUUGCUUUAUUGUUCCGUUGUUGAUCACAUACAUAGAUACCAUUUAUGCGAACCAUCAACGGUGUAUGCUCAGGAAGAAGAUGCCAUAACCCUUCAGUAUUAGCUACAUAGAAUAAAUGUGACCCCAUGGCCACUGAAACGGUGUAAUAUGUUGACUUAGGGCUCUAUUCAAUCAGAUCCUCUUAAAAAUUUAAAUAUUCACACUGAAUUCACACACUGCAGUGAAAUGUGUUGUUUUACAGGGUCAGUCAUAGUAGUACAGUGCCCAUGGAGCAAAUUAGGGUUAAGUGCCUUCCUCAAGGGCAUAUCGACAGAUUUUUCACCUUGUUGACUCGGGUAUUUGAACCAGUGACCUUUUGGUUACUUGCCCAACGCUCUAACUACUAGGCUACCUGCAAAAGCUUCUAAUAACCUGUUUUUGCUUUGUCAUUAUGGGGUAAUGUGUGUAGAUUGAUGAGGGAAAAAAGUAAUUUAAUCAAUUUUAGAAUAAGGCUGUAACGUAACAAAUGUUGAAAAAGUCAAGGUGUUUGAAUACUUUCCGAAUGCACUGUAUAUAUUUAUAUAUAAAAAUAUCUAUGUGUAUAUAUAUAUGUGUAUGUGUGUGUGUAUAUACACUGCUCAAAAAAAUAAAGGGAACACUUAAACAACACAAUGUAACUCCAAGUCAAUCACACUUCUGUGAAAUCAAACUGUCCACUUAGGAAGCAACACUGAUUGACAAUAAAUUUCACAUGCUGUUGUGCAAAUGGAAUAGACAAAAGGUGGAAAUUAUAGGCAAUUAGCAAGACACCCCCCAAAACAGGAGUGAUUCUGCAGGUGGUGACCACAGACCACUUCUCAGUUCCUAUGCUUCCUGGCUGAUGUUUUGGUCACUUUUGAAUGCUGGCGGUGCUCUCACUCUAGUGGUAGCAUGAGACGGAGUCUACAACCCACACAAGUGGCUCAGGUAGUGCAGUUCAUCCAGGAUGG